CAGUUUUGUUGUGCUUGCGAGCAGUCAUCUUCGUGUUUUUCAACGAGCCGUUUGUGGUUAGUGCUGCAUUCAAGCAGCAGCUUUAAGAGAACUACGCAUUAGGUUUUUACCAGCGUGCGUAAAAGAAAAUUGUAUAUUACACUUCUAUUAAAUGAAAUAGCUCAUUAUUCACUAAGCGUAUAUAAAGAAACGACAGCUGCUAACUUGAGCUAAAAACAUAAAACAAGAAAUUAGUGCAGGCGGAACAGGAACUGUAAAAAAUAAAACGCAUUUUAUCACGCAUACACUGACACAAAAUAUACGACACACAUACAUACAAACGCAUAUGUCUAAUACAAGGGCCGCUGUGGCGAAGAGUUUAGUUCAAUCUGCAUAAAUUAAUACUUGCACCGCAAUAAUAACAAACGGGUUAUUAUCUUUGGACGACGUGUUUAGUACAAAAAUAACUAAUAAAAGAAUUUCGACUGCUGUACGGGCGUAGCGUACAAUAAUAUAUACAAACAAAAAACAUACGUAUACACAGAGAAAAAAACAAAAUGUCUACGACACCAAAAUCGACAGAAGAUUUGCUGGGCGAAUCUUGGAUUGAACUGAGCACAACAGCUGCCAUGGCUGGUAUUAAGAGUCCCGACAGAAUUACACCGCUGCCCUUUAGCAACGGUGAGGAAUAUUUGCGUUUGUUGCGCGAGGCACAACGCGAAUCAAAUCAGUCCAGUCGCGUCGUAUCCCUGGCCAGUUCGAGACGCGAUACACCCCACGAGAGCCCCAAAAGUCCGCCAAACAGUCCGCAAUCGGAACUUUGCCCGGAUGAUGAGCUGCGAAAUGUGUAUAUUAAUUAUUGGACAAAGACUGGCGAUAAACAAAAAGCCGAUAAUGGAGAUUGGUUGCAGAACUGGAAUCGCGGCGCCGACGAGCAGCCACCAAAAGAUUGGAAAUUUGAGCGCUCCAAUUCCGGAGAUGAGGAUGAGAAGAAGAAGAGUUCGGGUUACUCCAUACGCUUAAAGCGUCUGGGUGCUAAUUCGUUGUUCUCCCGCGAAAUUCUCUACUCAUUGCUAGUUACUAAUGUCCUCUCGCUGCUGCUGGGCGCCGGUUUCGGGAUAUGGCUGAGCAAGCGUGGUAUACUACUUACCCGCGUGGUCAUUGACUGAAAGUCGCCGUAUAUGUUUUAACCAACAAUAUAAUAUGCAGCACAGCAAUCCAAUCAAUCAACGGAAAACAGAACAUGCAACGUUCCAUAUAAAUAAAUACAUAUAUAUGUGGAAACAUCGAGAGUGGAUCAGUGUCAAUAACCACAGCCAAACGUAUUCCAGCUCACACCACCCAAAACAAUUUUAACCUACUCAUCAGAUACAUAUAUAUAUAUAUAUAUAUAUAUCCAUACAUAAAUAUACAUAUAUACUUAUAGUAGCACACAUAAGCAUAACUAUGUUAUUUGUAAGCAACAUAAGCUAAUGCCUAGGCAGUGGGUUCAACAGAUUUUUCUGUAUACGUACAUCUAUUUUAUACAGUUUUUAUAAAUACCAAUUACCUUCAUGAACAAACCUGAAGCAAAGGUCGCAUUUCUCUUCGAAUACAGUAAAAUGAUUUCAAAUGAUUUGAGUUCUUUAACUGUAUUUGUUUUGCUGCGUCCAAAGUUGAGGAAAUCAUUAUUCGUGACAUAAAAAAGAAAGAAAAGAAGAAAGAAAAAUAAGCAAGCAUUCUAAGAACAUUGACUUUAGUACCACGUAAACAAACAUACAUAUAUAUCUGAAUAUUCAUGUAGACAUAUUGUAGCUGAAUAAUAUAGAUACAUAUGUAUAUCAAUUAUCAUAUUUUCCGCGUCAGACAUGUUUUGAUUUUCUAGCAUAUAAAAGUGAAAGCUGAAGAGUUCGGCAGGGAGGCAGCUGCCCCGAGCAAAAAAAAAAAUACACACGCACUCACACGUACAUAGUAGUCUUAAGCUAAGAAUAUAACCAUUUUUAUAUUAAAAAUAUUUUUCAAAAUGUAUUUAAAAACAA